AUGGAGUGGAGUGCCAACCGCAGUCUAGGAGGAAUUUGCUGUUGGGGAACCGAAUUACCUCCGCCUUCGAUGUCGACCAGUGCUCCCCAACACUCGCCGGUGAAAUUAGGGAAAACAAAGGGCCAACUAUUCCCGGUGCUGGUGAACCCCGGUGCCAAUACGAUCGUCCGCCGUUCGGAUCAAUCCAGCGUGACGAUUCCGUACGAGCGAACGUUCCGUGCCGUUGGAACGAGCUCCACGCCCACCAACGCCAACGCACUGGCUCAGUUCCGAUUCUGCGGUUGUGGAUGGCCACAGCACAUGCUCAUACCGAAGGGAGCCACUGGCGAUGGUGUCCAGUUCGACAUCUUUGCCAUGGUUUCGGACUAUACCAUCGAUGCGAUCAACCAAACCCAGGAUCCCAAUGCCCCAUGUGACGACGCUCACUCAUUCUGCGGUUUGCGCGAUAAGCUCUAUCCGGAUACUCGAGCCAUGGGCUACCCCUUCGAUCGGAGCACCGAGGCAACGGUGGAAACUUUGCAGGACUUUGUCAGCCCCAAUGCGAACAUGGGGACUGGAACCAUCCGGGUUAGAUUCAGCAAUACCGUCAUCGCACGCACUUGAAUUCUUUUCUAGUAAAUGAAAAAGCCAUAAAGGUUUGUAAGCUC